AAAAAGGCAAUGAGGCGAUUAGAUCAGUGGGCGAUGAAUGUUUCAUGUUUAUGUCACGCGACUGAACAUAGUCUGCAUCAGUCCUUAGUCACGCUUUUACGUUCUACUGCAGAGCAUAUCAAAAGGAUUAUGAGCGUUGGGAAUAACUUUAAGACGCCAGGAACUGGCAUGGAUGUUUGGGGUAAACAAAGACUAGAACUUGGAGUAUUGUUGCGAGAUAAAGUCUUGAACGAGCUCAACAUUCCUUGGGUUGUGGAAAACGGGACUUUGUUGGGAGCAUAUCGAAGUGGGAAGUUCAUUCCACACGAUGACGAUUUUGACAUUGCGUUGUUUUUCGAAUCAAAUCCCUCAGAUAUUGUACCUGAUAUCCUAAAUAAGUUAAAGCAGUUGCUCCCGGAACCCUACGAAGCACGAUAUGUCUCCAAUUACGCUCAAAAGAUUGAAGUGUAUGACCCGACUUACGGCAGUUUCAAUUUAUGUGGACCACAGUACAAUGGUGCCGAUUUCUACUAUGUAUGCGCUGACCUGCAGUUCUAUCAACGAUUUGAUAACAUCUAUCGCUGUUUAUAUUUUAUUCAAGCAAAUGUAGUCGAAAUUCCCGUGCAAACGCUCUUUCCAUUGCGCUCUAUCUCGCUGGAAUCUCAAACAUUUCAAGCACCAAAUAACGUCGAGAACUAUUUGAAAUGUCAGUACGGAAGCAUAUCGCCAACUGCUAAGUUCAACCCGUCGACUGGAUUGUAUGAAGAUUUAAUAUGAAAUAGACAAUAUGAUCAAAUAAAAUUCUAUUUGUACGUAAAA